AUGGCGAACACUGUCGACGUAUCGUCACCGCAGCGGGAUGGCCACCGCGAAGGCCCGAUUUCGCUUAUCAAAGUGCCAGGCAUCUUUCAGUUUCUGGGUCUUGGCUUGACUGAUGACCAGAUUGAUCAAAUCACGGCAAUGAUGGCGCAGGAUCCUCAAUGCCUAUCUCAGGAAAAUGAUACGGUCUACCAGAUGGAGCCGAUACAGGGUCUAGGAAAUUUUGCCGACCGUGAAAAGCUACACGCUCUCUUAGUGGAGUUGCUCCACACCCGCGUCCUGGCAUACGACCCUCAGGUGCUCGCCUGUCCCCAUCCCCGAUUCACAGAUCGCGUCUCUUCGGUGGUGUGCAGCGCUACGGAAGGUGACAUUCGCUCCUGUUUCAACACGAUUUGGGAAGCGAGUGGGAGGAUGGUGAUGGUGACUGCGAAUGGGACAUGUACUCGGUGCGUUGCUGUGGAGCAGCUGGAGGGACUUUUGACGAACGCGCAAACCGAGAGCGUCGCCACGCAAAGUCUGACCCCAAAAGAGUUCCGGGACUUGUGCUUUUUUGUCAAGGGUGUGAACGACGAUGUAGUGAAGGAAGACGCUUUUUUGAACUGCUUCAUUCAUGUCCAAUAG